AUGGCGAAAGUUUUGCAGCAAACAGCAAUUAUUUUAUUGGAUGAAUGUACAAUGACGCAUAAGAAAUCGCUUGAAGCAAUAGACCGCACAAUGCAAGAUCUACGUGGAAACCAAAACAUUCUUGGUGGAGCAUUGAUAUUAUUGUCAGGUGAUUUUAUGCAAACACUGUCCGUAAUUCCACGUUCAACACUGGCAGAUGAGCUCAAUGCGUACCUAAAGUAUUCUUUCUUGUGGAGAUAUGUACGAAAAUUGACGCUAAACAUAAACAUGCGUGGUCAGUUGCACAAUGAUCAAUCUGCAGAUCGGUUUUCGGAGCAAUUGUUGGAAAUCGGAAAUGGCAAAGUUCGAAUCGAUAAUACAAACGGUUUAAUUAGUUUGCCAAACAAUUUUUGUACAAUUCUCCAAUCAAAAGAAGAAUUGAUUGAUCGAGUGUUUCCGAAUAUUGUCCAGAAUCGCAGGAAUCACAAUUGGUUGAGUGAACGCGCAAUUCUGGCACCAAAAAAUGUGCAUGUCAAUGCUAUCAAUUAUCUCAUCCAAGAAAAAUUGCCUGGUGCAGUGACAUCAUACAAAUCUGUUGAAAGCGCAUUGAAUGAGGAUGAUGCAAUCAACUAUCCAGUUGAAUUUUUGAAUUCGUUGGAACCGCCCGGGAUGCCACCGCAUUGCUUGAAUUUGAAGGUCGGCUCAUCAAUAAUUUUACUACGAAAUUUGAAUGCACCAUAA